CCUGAAUGUCCUCACUGACAAGAUGCAGCCUCAGGUGGUGCUGGUCCUCGUGUCCCUCGCUGCAGGCUUUGCUACAGCACAGUUCUUCGUACAGGGACCAGGCCUCACGUUUCAGGGACAGCCCCUACCGUUUCCACAAGAGCAUUUCGUCGAUCCAGCUAAACGCGCCCUAGCUCACCGAGCUGUCCUCGUUAACUCGCAGGCCGAAGCUCAACUGCCGCCUUCACUUCAGAAUCCCUUCUACAAGAACCCACGCAUCGAGGCCGUUCUAGCAAAAGAGUCAUGGUUCACACCCGGAGAACAGCAAGUCCGUGAACGGGAGGCGGAAAAGAUUCCCCGCCAGAAGAUCUACAGCAUUCUCAAGAACGCCGGACUUGUGCAGCGCCGAUGAUCACGUCAUGGAUACGUCAUUAACACAUCUCGGGCGCGGCAUCGCCACGCCAUAGACACCUCACGAUUUCAUUGUCAGCCAUCAAGAUGUAACGAGAUCCUUCUACUUGUUGAGAAAUUCCGUUACAGAGAGACUUAAACAAUGAUCCAGCUUCCAUGUUUGAUUCAUCAGUCAACAAAUAGACUCAAAACUGUGAUCUAUCAGCAAUUAAAUUGUGAAAUAUUAAUUUAUGUUGAUAGAAAUACUAGUUAUUUAACACGGCGAAUGUCAAAAAGGGUGACAGGUGUCUCGUUUUGAAAUGUAGCUAUAUUGUCUUAAUUCAUCAUAUAGACACUGACAGGACGGACAGGGCUGCAGGCACACAUUUGAACCUUAGCAUUCAUAAGCAUCGUGUCGCAUCUUGACACACUACAGUUUCAGAAGCUGAUACAGCGUCUGAAGGGAACUUGGGUACUGAAUAUGUUCUCCAAGAAAAUGAGUCGCUAUUCACGCGGGAUGUAUAUGCUCUUAUUAUUAACAUCUCAUUAUAUCACAGCUAACAAUUCGAAAAGGAAUGCUACUGAAAUUUAAAGAUAAAAUUUCGCUGAAAAGAAGAACCAUGAUUCGAAACUUUUGGGAAAGGCAAUCGAAUCACGUUUGAAUGCUUUAACACAAUGCUAGCGUAUUACUUCAACGGGAGUGACUACGGGUCCAUGCUGUGGGCAGUGGGAAGUGAAUGUCAUAUCCUAGCGCAUUCUCAGGUCUGCGAUGGAAACAAGACAUAUCAGAAAAGAGGCAGACAUGUCAGAAUAUUGUGCAAAUAUAUUAGGCAACGCGGAAUCUGUUCUAAACUGUUUCCAGUGCAAAGCGUAUAUCAAGAGCCACACCCGAAAACAACAAAUUAAAUGCCUUUUGUAAGACAGUGACAUCCAUGGAAAUUAGAAUCUGUGUCGUCAGUGAUAGCUUGUGUCUUGCAAGCUGUACUAAUUGUGUUCUUAAUACUCGUAAGACUUGCCGUAAAUAUAGUCACAAUGAAACAACGACACCAAAGUCACAACAUAAUUAACUGUUAUGAAAGAGAAAAUAAUUUAUUUUUACGUGAAGCAUGACACAGAACCCACGCAGUCAAGAUUUCUCAGGAAAUUCUCUCCGUGACAUCUACUCUUGGAGUCAUGAGGUAACGCGUCGUUACAGUGUCUCUGCAUCCCGAGAGAUGGCAGUGCUAGAGCUUCACAUAAUACACGUACACAAGGCGCUGAGUUCAGAGAUGCGCAGUAAUUGAGCGCCAAACAAGUUUUCAGUCCCUUCCGCAAAGGCUUCUCCAAACGAUUUGUUUUAAAUUUAUGAGUAUAUUCAUUACAGAAACCCACCACAAAAUUCGUCUUCAAACCCAGUAUUGGUACAGGAACAUGUCCUUCCCCUCUUAACUGUUUCCUUCUCUCUGUUACACCAGUUUCUUUUGUGCGCUCUGUCUACGGUUCAUUCAGCCUUCUUCAUCUUCCUUGGUCUUUCUUCACACAUUCUUCGUUCAGUUGAGAGGGGGAGAUGUAAGGGGACACGCGGUAGGGUAGUGGUCGAGGCACUCUGCUGCAAGCCGGAAGAUCGCCGGUUCGA